CUAUGCCACAAAACAAAAUUUCUCAGCCUUAAAUUUCCCUCCCAUAGAACAAUAUAAAACUGCAUCUUGAAAGUGGUACAAGUAAUUAAGCCUCAAUUCAUAAAAGAAAGAAGCAAUGGGACUUAGAGCUAUUCCCUUUACACCUUCUCACAAUGGUCUUAUGCCUAACUAUUUGAGUGGUUCAGAAAAUUUGCCUAGACACAGUAUAAUUCCUAGCAGUAGAACCUCAAAACUAGUACUAGCAGUUUCACCAAAGGCAAAGAAAGAGGAUACAGAAGAACCUAAGGAGAAGAAGAAGCAAUCUUUGUUUUCAAGUGUAACAGAAGCUCUGGAUUUUUCCCAAGUUAGAUCAGCAAAAGACGCUGAGCUUCUCGAUGAAGCUCGAGAAAAAACACAAUCUGGAGAGAGGAUGUCCCGAGAACAGUAUGGAGCUUUGAGAAGGAAGAUUGGUGGAACAUACAAAGAUUUCUUCAAGUCCUAUGUGGAAGUGGAUGGGCAAUACGUGGAGGAGGGAUGGGUAGAUAAGACGUGCAAGGUAUGCAAGAAGGAUACGAGAGGAGAAGCAAGGCAAGUCGAUAAUUUUGGACGAUAUGCACACGUAGCUUGUCUUGAGAAAUCCAAAUCUGGAAAUUUUUUCACCAACCUCUUCUCAAGAUGAAUUUUGUCAUCUAGGACCUCUCAGCAUACUAAUUCAUAUUUUGUUUGUAUCGUUUAGCUCGUGGAUACCUCUUAUGAACUCAUAAAAGUUCAGGAAUAUGAAUAUUACAAUGUCCUUUGUUGAAAUUUUCAAUAUAUCAUCCUAAUUUUGUAGUA